UCGGUAUGCGCUUCCCUGUUUAUAUUCAAUUGAAGCUCUGCUAUGUUACCGUUGUCAUACGAACCAAAGCCAAUGUUUGAUGUUAAAACCUGCAAUAAUUAACAUUUGUUAUUUUCUUUAAAUAAUACUGAUUCGGUUGCAAUGGUGUCUAAAUUACAUGUUUUGCCAAAAGCAUUUUCCGCUAUUCAACGAGUAAAUACUGAAGAACUUGCUCAGUUAUCAGAAUCGGAAAUAAGACCUCUUUUGCCAUGCUUGGUUCGCAUGGCCCUUUGCGCUCCUUUGGAUCAAACCUGGGACUGGGCUCAAAAACGAAAAGUGAUUUUGCAACUUUUAUCAGGAAUUGAAGUCGUUAAUUCGCUUGUUGCGUUAUUAUCAAUAGAUUUCCAUGCUUUAGAAGUGGACGUCCGGAAAGAACAACAACGAUGCCGACUUGGACCUUCAGCUGGAGAAAAUGCUCUCAUAUCCUCUUCACCAAAUGGUUUGGCUUUGGAAUUUGAGCGUAGUGAUGCUGCGAGGAGACUCAGAUUAUUUCUGAGUGAAUUACUGUCUGUUAUGGCUCAGGUCAAAGAAGGGAAUGUCGAUGGUGUACAAAAUGCAGAAUUAUUUGAAAGUAUUGUAUAUUUAGAUGAAAUUGCUGAUGUUUUAUGCAUAGCACAAGCAGAGCUUCCUGGACUUUUGUACAUUCCAGAUAUUGCUGAAGCUCUUUUACACAUUCCAAAUGGAAUUUAUUUACUGUGCAGAUUAGUAGCUAAUUCCCCAGAUAGCUUUCAAGAAGUUUGUACAACCUUGAUCACUAAUGGGGAUAAACAGGAUGAAGAUUCUCCUGCUGGGAAGAUGAGAAUACAAGCUUUAAGAACAUUAUGUCAAAUGAAUAAAGCAGAAAUAUUGUCAGUUAGAGGAAAAGCUGUUGAGUUUUGUCAUAUGCCUGGCCUAGCAAUUCUUUUAACACUAGACUAUUGUCGUAUAGAGCAGGAAAUUCAUGGAAACCAUAGUUCAGUUUUAGGUGAUCUAAUUGCAUUCAUCAGUGGUUUGCUGCUUGGGAGUGAUGAUAAAGUCAGAAAUUGGUUUGGACAGUAUUUCCGAAAUAGCCAAAAGAAACCAGAAGGAGAUGGCAAUCCUACACAUCUUUUAAGAGAGGAAUUGUUGCAAAGAUUGAAAAAUUUAGUUUUAUUUAGCAUUGAUCACCAUAAUCUGCCUGAUGCAAAAGUUGUCCAAGCAAGCUCUCUGCUACGAUUAUAUUGUGCAUUAAGAGGAAUUGGUGGUUUAAGAUUUAAUGAAGAAGAAAUCAACCUGUUACUCCAGCUUCUAACUUCACAUCCACCACCAAGCCCUGCUGGUAUUCGAUUUGUGUCCCUUGGUUUAUGCAUGCUUCUUGCCUGCCCAUCGCUGCUCACAUCAACAGAUCAGGAAAAGCGAGCCACUGAUUGGAUCCAGUGGCUGCUCAGAGAAGAAAGUCAUUUUGGCAGUACAAGUGGUGUUAAUGCUUCUUUUGGUGAAAUGUUGCUUCUGAUUGCUAUUCAUUUUCAUAGUAAUCAAAUGAGCUCUAUAACAGAAUUAGUUUUUUCAACACUGGGAAUGAGAAUUCCUAUAAGAUCCAACAAUCUGGCAAGAAUGAAGACUAUAUUCACUCAAGAAAUAUUCACUGAUCAGAUUGUUACUGCACAUGCCAUAAAAGUUCCUGUUACGAAAAACUUAAGUAGAAAUGUAACUGGUUUCUUGCCUGUGCAUUGUAUUCAUCAGCUUCUGAAAAGCAGAGCUUUUACUAAGUACAAGGUACCUAUCAAAGAAUGGAUAUAUAAACAAGUUUGUAAUACAAUACCUCCACUGCAUCCAGUUCUUCCAGCACUUAUUGAAGUGUAUGUGAAUUCUGUUCUUAUUCCCAGUUCAAAGAGUUCAAUUGACACAACAAAUGAACCAAUAACAGAGGAAGAAAUUCUUGCUGUGUUCUCAAAAUCCGUUUUCAUGCCUCAAGAACAAGGAGCUUCAAUAGAAUCGGAACAAAAACCUUCUUCGUUAACUUCACAACUUUUACUUCUGUAUUACCUCUUGCUUUAUGAAGAUACAAGACUUUCGAAUAUGAAAACAAUUUUAGCUAGUGAUCGAAAAGUCAAGCGUUAUUCUCCACAAUUUAUUGCUAAAAUUCCAGUGUUUUACUUAAUACAAAGAGCACAGAAAGAUCAAGAACAGUUUGCUGGAUUAUUUUCGCCCCUUUUGCGUUUACUAACUACACAUUAUCCUCAUCUAUGCCUUGUACAGUCAUGGUUAACUGAAGAAGAAGACAUAGACUGUGCCUUAAAAAUCUGCCGUGUUAAAUUACAAGGCUGGCCAGAAGGUGGAUUUAGCAAAGAUAGUCUUGACAAUGCAUUUAAGCAAGUACAAAGCUGCCCAUUCCAACUGCUUUCCCAUCUGAAUCACCUUUUAACUCUUCCGGUUCAACAGUUGUGGCCAUAUGCAUCAAAAUUUGUUGCAUAUUUACCAAAACUACUGGAUCAUUCAGACUGCUUACAAAUUUUAAUUAAAGCCAAGAAAGUAUGGUGGAAAUUGAAUUCUAUUUUCCCUCGCAAUUUGUGGGUAAUGACAGUCAAUGCAUUUCCUCAAAAAACUUUUUCAGCUGCUCGAAAAUUGACAUUAGAUGACAUCAUACUAGAUCCCCUCCAUGUCCUCAGGUGUGAUAAAAGAAUUUUCAGGUGCCCACCUUUCCUGGAAAUCAUUUUACAUAUGCUUCAAGCAUUUUUAGCUGCAUCCAGGACUCAUCUGUACCACCACACACUCGAACAUCCUAUGUUAGAAAAAACCGGCAUGUUAGAGAGUGAAAAGGACCGAGAUGAUUUAAGGACAGCUUUAGUGGCUGCUCAGGAAAGUGCUGCUGUUCAGAUACUGUUAGAGUGCUGCUUACCGACUGAAAAAGAUAAAAAAGCCAAGGGUCUUCUUACUAACUUAAGAGAAAUUCAAAGCCUUAUUUGCUCUCAUUUGCAUCAGGUUUUUAUUUCUGAACCCAGUUUGGCUAAAUUAGUUCAUUUCCAGACUUACUCAAGUGAAUUGCUCCCUGUUGUUGUAUCUUCUGUACCAUCGUUACAUAUCUGCCUUGAUUUUCUUCCAGAGCUUUUAAGCCAGGCAGACUUAGAUAAGCAGAUAUUUGCAAUUGAAUUGACAUCACACUUAUGUUCACAGUAUGCCAUUGCCAAAUCUUUAAGUGUUGCUAAGUUGUGUAUCAAUGUUUGCAAUACUCUGCUAGGAGUGUUACCCAGUUCUGAACAAAGUAAACUUUUCUUGCCCACCUUACCAGCACUUGUUCGGAUGUGUGAAACUUUUCCUCCUUUGUGUGAAGAUGUAGCAUUUUUACUUUGCCAGCUAGGGAGAGUCUGCUUAUCGCGGAUUUGUGCUACAGCAAGUGUUCGCCCAACUACUGCAGAUCUGAUACUGCCUAUACAAGAAACGAAACAAAGAAUAGACAUUGAAAAAUUAGAAACUCUCAUGAAACAGUUAGAUCCAGAGAAUGAUUUAUGUUGUGCUAUACAAAAGGCUUUUAUGGAUCUGUGUUGUACUUUAACUCUUAAUAAAACAUUAUACUGAAAAAAAUUUUCAAAAAUGAGAAUCUUGAAUGUACAUUGGAGUUAAGUGAUAUGCACACUCAUGAAUCAUUAGAUUAUUCUUGCAUUAUCUAUGAAGUAUUAGAAUCAUAUGUACAUAAAGCCAUAUGUAAAUUUUCUGUAUAUAAAAUUUGAUGCAUGUUUGUUAUCAUUUGUCAUUUGAUUUGAUGCUAAGUAGGACGAAUUAAUACAAUAUGUAUAGAUAUAACCCAUUCCCACAAAGAUGAUAGUUUUUAAAGGGCAAUGUGAUAUAACAAUGAUGCCUCACUAGCUUAAGAGUCUCAAAGAUGAGACAUUGGUGCUAUAAAAUGCUAUACUCAAUGUGUUAAGUUAGCUAGAAAUUGAAAUUUUGAGUAUCCUAUGAAUGUACCACAUAUGCUUAUAUGGUUUAAUUUUUUUCAGUCAUAAUAUUUUUGUAUAUUUUUAUUUUAUUAAUAAAAUCUCCAAUUUAUAACAA